UCAUUGUGUUUUUCAACCAGUCAGUAAUCAUCUAUCUUACUUGAUGGGCGUUUGUCAAUUAUUGCUACCAAGUCAAAGAAUCGCACUGAAAUUACUUUCAGUUUUUGUUAAUGGUGUAAUUCUUAAGCAAGCACCCAUAUCAUCAUUGAGAAGGGCCUGAAAGUCAUUCCUUAAUAAGAACCAGACAUACCACAGUCAAUAGUCAAGAUGAACCGCGAUACGAUCUUUCAUCUGCCGGAGGGCAGCAAGGAGACAACAUUCUGCUACGAUGAAUCGUUACCUGCGUUGCCACUGCCGAAACUGGAACAUACACUCAAAAGAUACUACGAAUCACUGAAGCCAUUCGGAACGCCCGAAGAACUGAACAAUUCCAAAAAUGUCAUCGAACACUUCCGCACUGGAAUAGGGGCCAAACUACAUGCAAUGUUGGAACAGAAAGCAAAAACCGAAAAGAACUGGGUCGCCAAAUGGUGGGAAGAUUAUGCUUAUCUAACGUUGCGUAUGCCACUGAUGCCCUAUUGUAUGAUGGCGCAACCGCUUCUAUUCGAAACGGUCGGCUUGGAGAAUAUACCGGACAACUUUCUGAAGGGCGCAGCCAUCUGCUGUACUGUCAAUUUGCGCUUCUGGACCAUGCUGCGGAAAGAAACCCUCCGACCGGUUGCUAGUGCUGAUAAGAGAAUCAUAUUUUCGUCCGAUCUCUACAGAAAACUAUUCAACACCUGUCGAAUCCCUGGGCUUGAAAUUGAUAAAAUUGUUAGUUACUUCAAGACUGAAGCGGAGGGACCUUGUCCUUCACACUUGCUAGUCAUUUACAAGGGUAGAAUAUUUAAAAUAGAAGGACUCGAUGAGAACGGUGAGGUGUACAGUGCACAGGACUUUCUGUUAUAUUUUCAACAAAUUCAGUCCAGAGUGGACCGAGAGAUCACCGAAUAUCCCAGAGUUGCAUUGUUAACUCACGACGACCGAACUACCUGGGCUCGGAACAGGAACCAUCUGAUGGAAUUAUCACAGAACAAUAGAGAUGCACUGCGAGAUAUCGAAAGUGCCGUAUCUUUGUUUUCGUUGGACACAAACUGCCCCCGAGAUUACUCGGACCUGGCGAUACGGUCACUCAUCGGUGACCUACAUUCCAAAUGGGGCGAUAAAAGUUGUGCAACUGUGUUCUUCCCGAACGGGAAGUUAGGUUGCUUGGGUGAACAUUCUUGUUACGACGGUUCGAUUUCGAUGUCAGUGAGUACCUACGCCAUGCUGACACUGGUGGAGGAAGGAAUUCCCGAUUGGACCAUACCACCGAAGAAGCUGACGAAACCGGUUGAAUUGAUACUGGAUGUUGAUGAGGAAAUGCGGAUGGAAAUCGAUCGAAUGCAAACAAUGGUGGAUUCGAUGCAAAAUUGCGUUACGGUAUCUGUCGAUCAGUUCCGAACCUACGGCAAGGACUACAUGAAAUCGAAAAAGAUUCAUCCUGACUCCUGGGUACAGACUGCUUUAAUAUUGGCGUAUUAUCGUUUGCAUGGCGCUUUUCCACCGACCUAUGAGACGGCAAUGAUGCGACAAUUUUAUAAGGGCCGAACUGAGACUUGCCGAUCGUGUAGUAAGGAAACGGUCAAUUUUAUAAACGCUAUGGAAGAUUCGCGGGAAGCAAUCACCACUAAAGCUAGUUUAUUUCGAGUGGCGGCGAAUCGCCAGAAUGAAUUGAUGAACGAAGCCCGAAAGGGAAACGGGUUCGACAGGCAUCUCUUCGGUCUAUGGUGCAUGGCUUAUGACGAGGGACUACCGGUUCCGGAAUUGUAUGAUGACCCAUUGUACAGUAAAAGUGGUGGUGGGGGUAACUUCAUCCUGUCUACCAGCACCCUGGGAUUUACGAUCAAUUGUGGCUUCGUUGCCCCAAUGUGUACGGAUGGGUAUGGUUGCUUCUACUCGAUAUUAUCCGAUACACUGUGGUGUAUGUUUUCGGCGUACAAAGACUCGGAUGUCACCAGCAGUCACAAACUGCUGGCUGCUUUCUACCAGGCUAUGGAAGAUAUUAAAUGUGUAAUGGAUGAGGAGGGGGCAGGAACGAAGCUUUAGACUCACUUAGCACAAUUUUUUUUAUACGCGAUGAACAAGUUUUACGGUUCGAGGUGAUUGUUUUUACUGUUGUUGUUGGUUUUUUUAAUAAAUUGGUGCAAUGCUGGUCAA